CUUUGACAAACGAAGUUCGACGCUGCAAUCAUCCGACUUUUAAGAUGGCCCAGCUGCUUUUUGUGCUUGUUCUGGUGACUCUUUUCAACAGUUCCUUCCAACAAGCCAACAGAAUCCGGUUAGUUGGAGGGUCAGGAGCGCACGAAGGUCGCGUGGAGGUUCGGCCGUCGUACAGUUACAGCUGGGGGACCGUGUGUGACGACUCCUUCGGAAUGAAUGACGCCAGGGUGGUCUGCAGGAUGUUGGGAUAUUCCGGAGCUUCGGCUGUACGUGACUCAACGUAUUAUGGACAAGGCUCUGGAAAUAUCUACAUGGAUGAGCUUAGGUGCACUGGGACGGAGACUAGCCUGUUUAAUUGCCCGUAUGCAGGGUGGGGAGUUGAUGAUUGUACUCAUAGUGAAGAUGUCGGUGUCGUCUGUUACACGGACCCCUCUAGUGAUCCUGCCAACAGAAUCCGGUUAGUUGGAGGGUCAGGAGCACACGAAGGUCGAGUGGAGGUUCGGCCGUCUUACAGUUACAGCUGGGGGACCGUGUGUGACGACUCCUUCGGAAUGAAUGACGCUAGGGUUGUCUGUAGGAUGUUGGGAUAUUCCGGAGCGACAGCUUAUCGUGGCUCAGCGUACUAUGGACGAGGCUCUGGAAACAUCUACAUGGAUGAACUUAGGUGCACUGGGACAGAGAGUAGCCUGUUUGAUUGCCGGUACGAUGGAUGGGGAGUUGAUGAUUGUACUCAUAGUGAAGAUGUCGGUGUCGUCUGUUACACUUUUUCUGGCAGUACCCUCAUGCCUGAUAAUGGUUGCCGGACUGUCCGUAUUUCUGGGUCGUCUUCGACUCAGUCUGCGCGGAUGACAACCUACACUAUGACGGGACAGACUUUGAGUGGUCGACCGGUGUACAAAUCUUCAGUUGGUGAGAUAGGCUAUCUGUUCUACUAUCAACAGGAUGAUAGGUGGCACGUUGGCUCUAGCUUGGGGAGUGAUGUUGUGGGAAUGUACGUGGCCGACACCAGCAUCUAUGCGGAAGACAUCUCUGGGACUUGGUAUCUGACCGACGGCAACGGCUUUCAACCAAACUAUCAUGUGAGAGUCACUUGCGAAUUCGCUGGUAACAUGGGUGUCGCAUCAGGGCUAAGCACAGGAGCCAUCGUUGGCAUCUCCAUCGGAGUUGUUGCGGCUGUGGCGUUGAUCAUAGUCAUUUCCUACUGCUGCUGCUGUAAGAAAAGUGCACCUGUUGCGACUACGGCAGAGAACAGCCAGCCUGCGGGUACCGCAAACCCCACCUUUCAGCCCACACCGUCCGGGCCUCCGCCGCCGUACUCACCUCCACCGCAGCCGCAGCCUGAAGGGCUGGUGUUCAUCCGUGUGGUUCGCAUUCAGAGGUCAAAGGUUACAGGUUCCUCCACACCUUCCCCCAGUAGCAGAAUCCGUCUGGUCGGAGGUUCCAGCCCAAACGAAGGCCGUGUAGAAGUCCGGCCGGCGGACAGUUUCGUCUGGGGAACAGUUUGUGACAACAGUUUUGGAUUCGCCGAUGCAACCGUUAUCUGUAGAAUGCUGGGAUACCCUGGUUAUCAGACAUUUUACCACGGAGCCUAUUUUGGACAAGGGACGGGACCCAUCUACAUGGAUGACCUGGGUUGUAUCGGGGUUGAGACCAGCGUGUUUGACUGCUCAUACCGGGGAUGGGGGAACCACAACUGUACUCAUAACAGAGACGCAAACGUCGUCUGUUCAACAAGCACUACAAUGAGCUACACACCAGGCAGAGGUACAGGUAGCUACUUCAUCUGUUACAACGGUCAGCAGGUGGACUGGUCCUUGAGGUGUAACGGAUUCAUGGACUGUUAUGACGGAAGCGACGAAAUGGACUGCCUACCAGUACCAACAGGCUCAUCUACAACGGUCAUAGCCACACCCUUCCCCAGUAGCAGAAUCCGUCUGGUCGGAGGUUCCAGCCCAAACGAAGGUCGUGUGGAAGUCCGGCCGGCGGACAGUUUCGUCUGGGGAACCGUUUGUGACGACAGUUUUGAGUUCAACGAUGCAACCGUUAUAUGUAGAAUGCUGGGAUACCCUGGUUAUGAGACAUAUCAUUAUAGUGCCCAUUUCGGACAAGGAACAGGACCCAUCUACAUGGAUGACCUGGAUUGUACCGGGAUGGAGAUAAGCCUGUUUGACUGCCCGUACAGAGGGUGGGGGAGUCACAACUGUGUUCAUGGCGAAGAUGUAAGCGUCGACUGCAUCACAAGUGCUACAAUGAGUCCCUCCACACCCUUCCCCAGUAGCAGAAUCCGUCUGGUCGGAGGUUCCAGCCCAAACGAAGGCCGUGUGGAAGUCCGGCCGGUGGACAGCUACUUGUGGGGAACCGUUUGUGACGACAGUUUUGGAAUGAACGAUGGAACCGUUGUCUGUAGAAUGCUGGGAUACACCGGAAUCGACCAAGUUCGCAAUUCUGCCUAUUUUGGUCAAGGAACAGGUGAAAUCUACAUGGACGAUCUUCAAUGCACUGGGACCGAGAGAAGCCUGUUUGACUGCCGGUACUCGGGAUGGAUGAGUCACAACUGUAACCAUAACGAGGAUGCAGGCGUGGUCUGCCUCAGGAGUACCGCAAUGAGUUAUACGACAACCGCACCGAUAGGAUCCCGCUUCAGAUGUCUUAAUCUUCAGCAGAUUGACUUCUCCCAAAGAUGUAACGGAAUCACAGACUGUGCAGACGAUAGCGACGAGAUGAACUGCAUAAGCAAUGGAAACAGAAUCCGGCUUGUCGGGGGUUCAGCGGCAAAUGAAGGCCGCCUGGAGGUUCGACCAGAAGACGGGGGCGAAUGGGGAACCGUCUGUGACGACAACUUUGGUAUGAAUGACGCCAUUGUGGCAUGUAAAACGCUGGGAUAUAGAACAGCUCGUCGGGUGUACAACAAUGCACAAUUUGGCCAAGGUUCCGGGACCAUUUAUCUGGAUAAUGUUGGAUGCUCCGGACAAGAGACGAGUCUGUUUAACUGUGUCCACUCCGGAUGGGGAGUCAACAACUGCGGCCAUAGCGAAGAUGUAGGGAUUGCCUGUGAUUCCUCCUGGGUCUGUGACAACCGUGAUGUUAUCUACGCGCCCGAGAAUCCGUUCUGCGAUGGCUUGGUGAACUGCACGGACAACAGUGACGAGUCACCAACUAGGUGUCCUUAUGAGGAAAUGUACAAUGUGUGCGGUUCAACGAAGUUGUUGUCUCGUGCUGAAUCUGGCUACAUCACCUACAGUAUCAGCUCCAGCUACCCAACGUACAUUAAGUGUAAGGUCGUCUUCCAGACGGAACCAAGCCACGUCAUCCGUGUGGGUCCUUGGUAUCUGGACGGGAUGUCUUCAGCAUGUUCCGACUGGAUCUCCGUGUGUGAUGGGGGCGACCUUUCUAGGUGUGACUUGGAUAACAACAAUGUGCGGUACUGUAAUGGUUUUCAUCUCCAGACCUUCCAGUCCAGUGGCAGUAGUCUGACUGUCAACCUCGAGUCGGACGGGUACAAAAUCUCCGAGGAGAACUUCAAGAUAUUUUAUACUGUUAAAUCAGUGAUUGACAUCGGCGGGGACAGGAUUCGACUGGUCGGGGGUCCUUUUCCGAACCUAGGUCGUGUUGAGGUUCGACCAGUCGGGUCCUACGACUGGGGGACGGUUUGUGACGACAGUUUUGACAUUCAGGACGCCACUGUUGUCUGUAGGAUGCUGGGUUACGGACGUGCCAUACAGUACCACAGUGGGGCGUAUUUUGGCCAAGGAAGCGGAAACAUCUACAUGGAUGGACUUCAGUGUUCUGGGAGCGAGGCUAGCCUGUUUGAAUGCGGGUAUAACGGAUGGGGCGUCAACAACUGCGGUCAUAACGAGGACGUUGGUGUGACCUGUGAAGCUACCAGUGCCAACGACAACAAUAGAAUCCGCUUGGUUGAAGGCAGCAGCAGCAACGAAGGUCGUGUGGAGGUCAGGCCGGCCGACAGUUACGACUGGGGCACUGUCUGUGACGAUGAGUUUGACCACGACGAUGCCACCGUUGUCUGCAGAAUGCUGGGAUAUUCCAGCGCUUCGGCGGUACACAACAGGGCACACUUUGGACAAGGCACAGGACCCAUCUACAUGGAUGACCUGGAGUGCACAGGGAGCGAGACCAGCCUAUUCAACUGCGCUUACAACGGGUGGGGGAACGAGAACUGUGGUCACAGCGAAGAUGUAGGGGUUGUAUGUGGGACCAAUGGAGAAUGGGCAUGUGAUGACGGCUAUCAGCUAUCAGACUUCACUUCGUCUCCUUUCUGUGACGGCUGGGUAAACUGUCCCGACCAAAGUGACGAGGCACUAACAAGAUGCACAUUUGAGCAAAUGAGAGACUUUUGUGGCCAGACAUCGAAUGUGCUUUCUUCUGGGACAUCUGGCUAUCUCGUCUAUGCCUACGAUCAGGGCUACCCUGCAAAUGCACGAUGUACUGUCAAUCUUCGCACGGAAUCCGACCAUGUCCUUCGCAUCGGCCCAAUAGACCUCACACAGAUGAGAGAUUGCUCAGAUAAAAUCUACUUCUGUGACGGCGACGAGCCCUGCGAUAAUUACAACUCCCAGAGAGAUUUCUGUGGGGGUAUACAUGAUCACUCAACGUUUGUAUCUGCUGGUAACAUGUUGACACUCACGCUCCUAGCAGACGGAAACAGUAUCACCGACGAAAACUUUAGGAUCUUCUACAAAGUGGAACGGAUAGAUUCAGGGCCCAGCGGAGGGACAAUUGCAGGCAUAGUUGUUGGCGUCCUUGUGUCCUUGGGAGUUGUGGGCGUCGGCAUCUACCAUUGCAAAAAGAAACGUUCCAGCGACGGCCCGAGUCAAACGGCAUCCCAGAACAUCGGUAUGAGUCCUACUGGAGUGCAGAACAGCGCGUUUAGUCCUGAGCAGCAGCCCGCCUUUAACCCCCAGUACUCCCCCGCUUACCCGCCAACUGGUGCUACAUAUCCCCCUGUGUAUCCUCCCCCUCCCCCAUACCUUCCUUCCUCUGCCCCUCUCCCAUACCCUCCUUCCACUGCCCCACCCAUAUACCCUCCUUCCCCCUCCUCCCCUCCCCCCGACUUCCCCCCGCCCCCAGCUUACGAAGAAGCCCUCACUAUGGCAAAAUCGCCCCCUCCACUACAGCCAAACGCCCCUCCUGAAGAACCCAGCCCCCCGCAGUCUUCUUCAAAUCAAACAUAGAACAUGAACUAUAUAAAUGUUGCAAAUAUUCGAUUGUCUUGUUGAAUGUUGUGUAUAUAUUAUGUUAACUAUAGCAAAUAUAUGUUAUGUACAUAUGCCUGCGUGGGAAGGGUUAUACAAUGAAUGAUUACAUUCAGCAACAUUUUCUCAUAAAAAAAUGUUCACUAAUAGCAUAAUGAUGAUAUUUUUGAAGGUCCGAAUUCUAUUCAAUGAUAUCUAUGUUAUCGUAACUGGCGUAACCAAAGAUUUGGUCAUCUGAAUCUUAAAGAUUAUGUAAAGAUUACUUAACGUUAAAACUUAAAUAGAUAGAUUUUCGAAAUACAAUGUUACCGCGUCAUAUACCAUAGUGACUUAAGUGAAACUCCAAGCAAAUCUAACAUAUUAACUUAUUUGAUGUAUUCUUGUACGACACUUCUAGCAUGCAUUGAGAUUUUAUUUAUGCGUUGCCUUGUUGGUUGAUUUCCUGAGUUUCGGAUAAUCGGAUAUUUACUAAUUAUAUGAACCAUGUACGCUGCUCUGCUACUACGGUGCUAUAUGAGCUCUCUGUACACGUUUUCACUUUAUUUGUGUCAGGAUGUCCCUGUCGCGUGAUCACUGCAUUAGAGUCGGGCUGAUCACUGCAUUAGAGUUGGUCCAAUGGUCACAAAUAGCCCAGAGUAGUAUUAUGUUGAUCUACAUAAAGAUACAUACAAACAAAUGCAACAUACAAUAAAUAAUAGAAAUAAUGUUAACAUAGUAAUAUUGGAUUAUGACAAUGCAUGUAUGUAUGUAUGUUUAUUAUAUUACAGAAACUAAAACUGUACUGAAUCAGACAUUCAAAUUAAACUUAGCUUAUUCUA